AUCCGGACCGAGCCGAUCCCGGGCGAGGCCCCCCGGACUCUUCGCCAGGAUCCACGCCCCUCCCCUCCCAGACCCCAGACCCUUGGGUUCCUACCCCUCCCGUUCCUUCUUUCCUCCCCCACCUCCAAUCUCUCCAUCCCUAGCAUCCUCCCCGUGCUCCAGCGAAUCCCCCGCACAGACAGCCCUACUUGUCCCCUACCCUCAAGACCCCCCUUUUCCCACUGCAUCCGUGGCCUCUGCCCAUUGAGUCCGCAUUCCCGCCCCUGCCUUCCCCGCACCCGUGCUUCUCCCCCCAGUCCCCUGUCACCUUUUCUGCUCCUUUUUCCUUCUUACCCAUUUGCCCCCACUACUGUCCUCCCCACCCUCCUCCGCCCAUCUCAGCGCCCCCACCCAGGCCGGGGUGCAGGGUCCGGCGCGCCUCCCUGGAGCAGCACCAAGGUCCCGGGGCUCCAAGGGGGUGGGAGCGCAGGGCGGGGAGCAUGGGGAGGGGGCGCCCCAUGUGAUGGGAGGGGGGCGCAAGAGGAGGCGGCGGAGGCGGCGGCGACAGCGGAGCCGGGCUGGGGGCUCAGUGGGGUCCGGGGACUGGGGGCAGCGAGCAGGGCGGCCCCAUGGCCGGGCCCCCCUGAGGCAGUCCCGGGGAGUUCCCUCCCCUCCCCAGCUCGGGGGUCUCCGGGCCCCAUGAGCCGGGGCGCGGGCGCGCUUCAGCGCCGGACAACGACCUACCUCAUCUCGCUGACCCUGGUCAAGCUCGAGUCGGUACCUCCGCCGCCGCCUUCUCCGUCUGCAGCGGCGGCCGGCGCCCCCGGGGCCAGAAGCUCCGAGCCCCGAGAUCCUGGCAGCCCCCGAGGCGCGGAGGAACCCGGCAAGAAGCGGCACGAGCGUCUCUUCCACCGGCAGGAUGCGCUGUGGAUCAGCACCAGUAGCGCGGGCGCCGGGGGCGCGGAGCCCCCCACGCUGUCCCCGGCUCCGGCCAGUCCGGCUCGCCCGGUCUCCCCGGCUCCGGGCCGCCGACUGUCCCUCUGGGCCGCCCCUCCGGGACCCCCGCUCUCCGGGGGGCUGAGCCCAGACUCCAAACCGGGGGGCGCCCCCUCUUCCUCCCGACGCCCUCUACUCAGCAGCCCGAGCUGGGGGGGUCCGGAACCUGAAGGCCGGACGGGAGGCGGUGUCCCGGGCUCGUCCUCCCCGCAUCCUGGCACCGGCAGCCGAAGGCUCAAGGUGGCGCCUCCUCCACCGGCUCCCAAGCCUUUCAAGACCGUGACCACUAGUGGAGCCAAAGCCAGCGGGGGCAAGGGCGCCGGUAGCCGCCUGUCAUGGCCCGAAAGCGAGGGCAAGCCCAGGGUCAAGGGGUCAAAGAGCAGCGCCGGAACUGGAGCUUCUGCCACUGCGACCAGCGGGGGAGGGGGCGCUGCAGUCACGACCUCUGGUGGGGUCGGGGCUGGGGCUGGAGCGAGAGGGAAGCUGUCCCCUCGGAAAGGCAAGAGUAAGACCUUGGACAAUAGUGACUUGCAUCCAGGACCCACUGCCGGCUCUCCUCCGCUCACCGUGCCAGCAACCCCAGUUCCAGCCACUUCUGUCACCACCACCUCCACGCAGCCCCUCGGGCCUGCACCCCCUAUCACUCUGGAGCCACCAGCUCCAGGGCUGAAAAGGGGCCGGGAGGGCGGCCGAGCGUCCACUCGUGACCGCAAGAUGCUCAAGUUUAUCAGCGGUAUCUUCACCAAGAGCACAGGGGGGCCUCCUGGCCCCGGUCCCCUUCCCGGACCCCCAGGCUUGUCUUCCAGCAGCGGGUCCAGGGAGCUGCUGGGCGCAGAGCUACGCGCCUCCCCUAAGGCUGUGGUCAAUAGCCAGGAAUGGACUCUGAGCCGCUCAAUUCCCGAACUGCGCCUGGGUGUGCUGGGUGAUGUCAGAAGUGGGAAGUCAUCCCUCAUCCACAGAUUCCUCACGGGUUCAUACCAGGUGCUGGAGAAGACAGAGAGUGAGCAGUACAAGAAAGAGAUGCUGGUAGACGGGCAGACUUAUCUGGUGCUGAUCCGAGAGGAAGCAGGAGCGCCCGACGCCAAGUUCUCAGGCUGGGCAGAUGCUGUGAUCUUCGUCUUCAGCCUGGAGGAUGAGAGCAGCUUCCAGGCUGUGAGCCGUCUCCAUGGGCAGCUGAGCUCCCUUCGUGGGGAAGGACGAGGAGGUCUGGCCCUGGCUCUGGUUGGGACCCAAGACAGGAUCAGUGCCUCCUCUCCGCGAGUGGUGGGUGACGCUCGAGCUCGGGCUCUCUGCACAGACAUGAAACGCUGUAGCUACUAUGAGACCUGUGCAACCUAUGGGCUCAAUGUGGACCGGGUCUUCCAGGAGGUGGCCCAGAAGGUGGUGACUUUGCGCAAACAGCAGCAACUUCUGGCUGCCUGCAAGUCCCUGCCCAGCUCACCAAGCCAUUCAGCCGCUUCUACUCCCAUAGCCGGGCAGGCUAGUAACGGGGGCCACACUAGCGACUACUCUUCUUCACUUCCAUCCUCGCCCAAUGUUGGACACCGGGAGCUCCGAGCUGAGGCGGCCACUGUGGCUGGGUUAAGCACCCCAGGGUCCCUACACCGAGCAGCCAAGCGAAGGACCAGCCUUUUUGCGAACCGUCGGGGCAGUGACUCUGAGAAGCGGAGCUUAGACAGUCGGGGAGAGACAACAGGGAGUGGGCGAGCCAUCCCCAUUAAACAGAGCUUCUUGCUAAAGAGAAGUGGUAAUUCCUUGAACAAAGAAUGGAAGAAGAAAUACGUGACUCUUUCUAGCAAUGGCUUUCUCCUCUACCACCCCAGCAUCAAUGAUUAUAUCCACAGUACACACGGUAAAGAGAUGGACUUGCUACGAACAACUGUCAAAGUCCCAGGGAAGCGGCCCCCACGGGCUAUCUCUGCUUUUGGCCCCUCAGCCAGCAUCAACGGGUUGGUCAAGGACAUGAGCACCGUCCAGAUGGGCGAAGGCCCUGAAGCCACUACUCCCAUGCCCAGCCCCAGCCCCAGCCCCAGCUCCCUGCAGCUUCCACCGGACCAGACAUCCAAGCACCUGCUGAAGCCAGACCGGAAUUUGGCCCGGGCCCUUAGCACCGACUGUACCCCAUCUGGAGACCUGAGCCCCCUGAGUCGGGAACCCCCACCUUCUCCCAUGGUAAAGAAGCAGAGGAGGAAGAAGUUGAGCACACCGUCCAAGACUGAAGGCUCAACCGUGCAGGCUGAAGAGGAAAACUUUGAGUUCCUGAUCGUGUCCAGCACUGGGCAGACGUGGCACUUUGAGGCAGCCAGCUUCGAGGAGCGGGAUGCCUGGGUUCAGGCCAUCGAGAGUCAGAUUCUGGCCAGUCUGCAGUGCUGUGAGAGCAGCAAGGUCAAGCUGCGCACUGACAGCCAAAGCGAAGCUGUGGCCAUCCAGGCAAUCCGAAACGCAAAGGGAAACGCUACCUGCGUGGACUGUGGAGCGCCCAACCCCACGUGGGCCAGUUUGAAUCUGGGUGCGCUCAUCUGCAUUGAGUGUUCUGGCAUCCACCGGAACCUGGGCACACACCUGUCCAGGGUGCGGUCGCUGGACUUGGACGACUGGCCGCGGGAGCUGACCCUGGUGCUGAUGGCUAUUGGCAACGACACGGCCAACCAAGUGUGGGAGAGCGACACUCGGGGCCGAGCCAAGCCCACGCGGGACUCUUCGCGGGAGGAGCGGGAGUCGUGGAUUCGCGCCAAGUAUGAACAGCUGCUGUUCCUGGCGCCUCUGGGUACCACAGAGGAGCCGUUGGGCCGCCAGCUGUGGGCAGCUGUGCAGGCCCAGGACGUGGCUACCGUUCUGCUGCUUCUGGCCCACGCGCGACAUGGGCCACUCGACACCAGCGUGGAGGACCCGCAGCUCCGUUCGCCGCUCCACUUGGCAGCUGAGCUCGCCCACGUUGUCAUCACGCAGCUGCUGUUGUGGUACGGCGCGGACGUGGCGGCCCGUGAUGCGCAGGGCCGCACGGCACUGUUCUACGCCCGCCAGGCUGGCAGCCAGCUGUGUGCAGACAUCCUCCUCCAGCACGGUUGCCCGGGAGAGGGCGGCAGCACAGCCACCACACCGAGCGCGGCCACCACCCCCAGCAUUACCGCCACGCCCAGCCCGAGGCGCCGGAGCAGCGCUGCCAGUUUGGGCCGCGUGGAUACCACGAUAGCGCUGGUAUAGUUGCUCAGCAGCGGGAGAGACACUCUCCCACCCCUGCGCGGGCAGGGCACGACCGCACCGGGUGGACCGCUGGACAGAUGCACCCACUCACCUCUCCAGUCUGCACCCAGUCCCACGGGAGCACUUCCUACCCCCCACGAGGGCACAGUCCCACACGCCUCCCAGGAGACACAAACUCACCUCCCUCUCCCCACGAGGCAUGGAGACCCUAGCUCAACACGCCCCUACUCCACUGUUUCCAUACUUGGAUUACCCUGGGUCUGUCUACUUGCUGCCUUUGCAGCUGUACCGGCUCCAGGGCGCUCGGACUUACUGGCUCGUCCCCAUCUAGGGGCGGGUAAAAGAUCCAGUCCUGCCUGCGUUCUACAAUCCGGUGGCUGAAGCCCAAAACCCAGGCUGGCUCCUGGGGCAACGCCACGCCAGAGGGAGGGGUUAGUAGGUGGAGGACUAGUCCUGGGACUUGGGACCAAUAUGGGACCCCACCCCUUCCAUGCUGAUCUCACUGCCCAGUGAGGGGGAAGGGCAGCGAGGGGCAGGACCCCUGCUGCCCGUGGAGGUGGAGGGGUCCCCAACCCUUUCUGUGAAAGGGUCCAUGAGGAGUGGAAAUCAGAAUCCCCCUCUACCUGUCUAUGAAUGGAAGCUAAAGAGCCAGGGGGAGCCGAGAGCCUGGGUCCUUCCCCUUACGAUCUUGGGGUGGGGGAGAAGGAUUGGAACAGGAGGGGGCUAGAGAGGGGCCUUGU